AUAGGGUCUUCGCCCUUUGGGCUCAGGCCCUAAUUAAAGCUGCAAGCAGCGAUGAUCGGGCCCUCGCACCCUAGCGCAUGUCGGAGUGUUGCGCAGUCAAAGGGUUUUUGUCAGGGACUUGUAGAUGUUUUCAGACUCAGGCUCUUGUCAGACAGAGCAAGGAGAGAAACAUCACAUAAAUUGUCCACUAUUUUGCCCAGCUGCUGGGGCUGCUGCAUUGAAAUGCCGUAGGGGGCGGUAUGGAGCCAGUUUGGACACUGAUUGAAUAUUGCAAUGUAGACAUGCUCAGGCCUGGAUUGUUAUCUAACCUGUAAUGUUUCAGGCAGAUCCAACCAUGUACACUCAAGUUAUAUCAAUUUCCUCUGUCAUGGCGAAACAUCAAAAGUCAAUGCCACGCCACGGCCAAAUGCUUCAAUGUAAACUAAAUCUUUUACUAACUUUUGAUUGUACACUAGUGUAGAUGACACACACUGAUUUUGAAGUCCUUACAAUGCGUUCUGUAGGAGGAGUUUUUUAAAAUACAAGGCAUGACAAAAGGCAGAGAAUAAGUUUUUCCAAAAUGGUGGACUUCCUGUUGGACUUACAGUAUGGCUCCAAGAAGCUUUUUGUGCGUCUGGAUAUAAUACAUAUGCCCUGUGAAUUUCAUUUUCUAUGUUAAUAUGUAAGGCAGGGUUUCAAUUUUGAAAUUUUCAAGGGGGCGCUGUUGAGUUAUUUUGUCACAACAUGUCAAUGACCCAUACAAGAUUUUAAAUGGUGUCUCUCCGGACAUGUGUCAAGUUUCGUGUCUUUAGCCCAUUCCUUGUCCCUGAAAAACAGCGUAGUAUUUCAUGGCGAAGGAUGUGUUGUCAUGGCAACAGCUUUUGAUCAUGGGUUAUUUUUAUGUAUUGUUGAUGCUUUUUUAAAAGGAAUAGGAUAGGUGGACAUGUUAAGUUUCGAUUUAACGUUAGUCUAUCAGAGGCAUAGUAGGGGCGGGUUUAUGUGGAGUGUGUGUGAAAAAAAUAGCCGGUCAACCAGAUCCAAUUAAGCAAGGAGAAGAUGGCUGAAGCAUCUCCAAGUAAAUUUAUAAAAAUUGAUGAUCCGGAGGUGGAGAGCCUGCGGCAAGAGUGCCAGCUUCUUUCAUAUGCCUGCAACGAUGGAGCUGUCCCAAGGGACCAGCUUUAUCAGCAGGCUGUGGGGGUCCAUGGUCGCACUUUGAGUGCAUUAGUGAGGCAGGUCCGCCUCCGUCGAGCGGCAGAACAAAAGCUGCGCAUGGUGCAGACGGAGCUGCACCAUACGAAGCAAGAACUGGCUGCAGUGAAAGAGCAGCUGGAGGUGGAGCGAGCCUCUGCCAGUUUUAUUAAAGAUGAAGAAACCUGUGCUGCCUCACCUCCAAGCCCCACCAGUGACCCACCAACCCUUCCCUCCACCCCUUGACUUUUUUGUGUGUGUUCAUUGUUCAUUGUUCAUUGUGUGUGUUGUUUUAAUAAAAAUGUUUCUAAGUCUUUUUUUGGUUGUUGAUUGACUGUUAUCAGGUGUAUUAUUCAAAAUAUUAUGUAACAGCCACCUCUGUUGAAGUCUGUGUUAUUCUCUUCUUUAUUCAGAGGAGCCCCCUUCCCCAACUAUUAUUAAUAAGUUUAGUUUCAUAGAUUUCUACUAUGUACCUGCUCUAUAUUUGGGUUUUAUUGGUACACAGUCACUCCUCUGUUCAAAAAUACAACAUUUUAUUCAGUUUUCUUUAUAGCUUUAUGAUUACUUUCAUAAUAUAGAUUCCUCUGUAAAAAGUUAUGUUAUUGUUAAUAUAUUUUUUUAUAUAACAAGGUCAUGAAGGUCUCAACAUAUUACGUCUUGAAUCAUUAACACUCAGUUUAUUUGUGAAGUACUGAUUAAAUGUAGGAGCUCAUUACAAUUCUUUUUAAUGACAUUGUGCACUGAAACACAAAUACUUUUAUUUUGACAACUUCCGCAAUUGUAACCGGUAUGUUUUUCUUCCAGCUGCUUUGCACAGACCUGUCGGCACUCCUGAUUGGUUCAUUUGAAUUUUGAAAAACGCGCAGGUGAAGGUAUAAAUACAGGUCAGAAUACGUUUGCCGCUUGUUGCUUUGUUUUCGGACAUUGUGACAACUGGUGACAGAGCGAAAGAGCGAACAAGCUAGCUUGUGAGCAUUUCAGCGAUUUCAGCAGCGAUUUCAACAGCUUUGCAUUGCAUUCUUGGGAUCUUCGGUGGACUUUUGGUGAACGCACUAUGCCUCGCGACAAGUCCUUUCGCCGUUCUCAGGCAGCCAGGCGGAGAAUGGCGGAGCGCCGUCUUGUGGUUUUCGGACCUCAGCGGCCUUCCACUGGCACCUGUGCCCGUGAGGGCACAGGUUUUCGUCAUAAGGUGAAGCAGUGGCCAAUUUCUGCUUUGACUGGGCGCAGUCACAAAUUGGUCAUUCCACCUGAGGAUCCUGACAAGAAGUUUGUUCUUGUCAUUGGAGCCUCCCAUCUAAGGGCAAUGGUAGAUGGAUUUGUUAAGAUGCCAGAGGGACGCCUCUCCUUUGGCUUCAUGCCGACCCCGGGGGCCUGUGCGUCUGAGUUGAGGACCGAGUUGUUGCAUGCUGCUGUACCUCGGACACCCGACGCAGUCUGUGUGAUGGCCCCCAGCAACAACCUGACCGCCAGCAGGACUGUUGAUGAGGCAGGAGCUGACUUCCGACAGUUCCUGCGCAGCGUGUGCAAUCUUUGGACAACGGUCUUUGUCCAGGAUUUCACACCUCGUCUGAAUGCUGACAUGGGUCUUCAGGAACUCAUGCGGCAAGAGUUCCAUCGUGUGGCAGCCAGCAUGGGUAUCAGAUACUUACCCACCGCUGAGCACUUCCCCUUGGAUCGCCUUGACUUGUGGAGCAGAGAUGGUGUCCACCUGAGUGAUGCUGGCGGUAUGGCGAUCCUCUCUCAGUUGAUUUGGAUGUCUGCUUAUCAGCAACUGGAGACGCCACCACCUACGCCCCAGGUUCCUCUCAGGACUUCACCCCCUGUGAGAACCUUUGUAUCAAAGGUGGUGGUAAAGGGAGAAGCACCUGUGCCACGUCUGUCAAACCCUUUUGACUGGACAGUUGUAAGCAAGGGCAGGAAGGCAGAUGAAACGCCAGUCAAGUGUUUCAUCCCGCUGAAUCCUGUCCGUUUCAGCAGUGCCGUGUUGGAUGUGAUGGACAAAGCUGUCCCAUCACAUCUCCCUAGCCCUGUGUGCACGGCUGUUCCACAAGGCAAAUCGAUGCCAAAUGUGGUCCGCCGGCAGAAAGCUGUUGCCUCAAAAAGGAAACGUGGACAGCAGCAGGUUGAGGCUAAACCUGGCACCCAGCUCGUGUCUCGUGAGGCCUCACCUGGCUGUCCUGUGACAGACGCUCUGCUGGUGGAGGUGGAGGCAACCCCUUGUUUUGUGGAGGUGUCUUCCCAGGAUUCACCUACCAGUGUCAAGCAAGUGGUUGCAGGUGAGGAGGUGGAGGCAACCCCUUGUGUUGUGGAGGUGUUUUCCCAGGAUUCACCUACCAGUCCCUUGCAAGUGGUUGUGAUCGAGGAGGAGGAGGCAACCCCUUGUGUUGUGGAGGUGUCUUCCCAGGAUGCACCUACCAGUCACAUUCAAGUGGUUGGAAUGGAGGAGAUGCCGGACGAGGAGAGUCUUCAUCUUCAGCACUCAUCAGGAUGUGGUAAAAUGCAGAGCCAGGCUAAUCCUAGCUCCAGCAUAUUGUGGUCUUCUGUAGUAGCUGGUACUUCUAUUCACGUUCAACAUAGUGUAACAGGUUCGUUUCAUCAGGGUAGUAAUCUCUUUAAAUAUGCGGGACUUCAAUGUAUGGCAGUAAGUUUGGUAAGCCUAGCAAAACAUGCAGUUGACAGUGUUUUUGCAUGGCAGGCAAAAGAUCUGGACAGAGUCGUAGUUUUAGGUGAUCGGUUGUACACGUCCUUGAGAGACAAUAACAAGAUUAGUGGAUCAUCCAAACUGUUGUGUGUUCCUGAUUUGCCAAAGCACUCAGUUAUUGAUGGUCAUAACUUUGAGUUUCAGUAUGGUGACUAUGUAUCAGGUGAUGUCACUGUGGUCAAUGGAGAGUUUAUUCAGGCUGCCAUAUUCAUGUCUCUACAAAAUGGCUUGAAAAACAUGUUUGCAAAAUAUGACACAUGCUUGCUAACAUUGUGUGGUACCACGUGUGCAGUCAUUUCUCAAAAUGGACGCUAUGCAGUUGUUGAUUCCCAUGCGCGCAGUGCUGCUGGAAUGGCAGAUCCUAACGGUAAUAGUGUUGUUGUAUAUUUUAGUUGUCUUAAAGAGGUGUACAGUUUCAUAUACAAUUUGUCUACAUCUCUCACUGAAGGUGAUAGACCUUAUGAGAUCGCUGGUGUUCGUGUCAUUUGCGGGGGCCGUAAGUCUGAGUUGAGAACAAUGAAGUGUACAGACACUGUCAAGACUUCUGAAACUGCAUCGAUGGCUUUCAGUUCAUCACUGGUAUGUGGUAUUCCAUCAGGAACUAAAGUUGAGAGAGGUAUGAAGCGUAAGAUUACAGGGCAAACUUGUGCUUCUAAGAAAAUGAAAAGGAAUAAUGUGUCUGUAGUGAAUUCAGAUGUUGUGUUUAUCAGUAAUGUGACUUCUAAAAAGCUGUGGUUUGAUCCCAUUUGUGAAGAUGUUGCACAGGCUUUAUGUACACAGUUUAAUGUAGAGUUUGAGAAACAUGAUGCACCAAUGCCUACAGCAGUUGGUCUGUUGGGAACUCCAUGUAAGAAUGACAAAAUAGUGGCUGAUGGUAACUGUUUCUUUAGAGCGAUUUCCCAAGCUGUUAGUGGAACACAAAAGAACCAUAGGAAAAUUAGACUUGCUGUUGUGAAACAAUUAGAGAGUAAUGUUGCGGACUAUAAAGGUAUCUUGAGAAGUGAAUAUACUUCAGUGGUAGAGUACAUUAAGAGUUCAAAAAUGCGAUAUGUUGGCAGUUGGGCAACUGAAGUUGAAAUACAGGCAGCAGCAGAUUGUUUAGGAGUUAAUAUCUUUACUUAUCAUGAUGACCGAUGGCUAGAAUAUAGCUGCAAAUAUAGGUGUUUUUCAAAACAGGGGAUCUACUUGGAAAAUUGUAAUGGUAACCAUUAUGAAAGUGUUGUCUGUGUUCAUCAGCCUCAACUGCAUAGUUGUUAUGGUAGCUGCAAGUUGAAUAGGUCUGAUUCCAAAGUGUACAAUGUGAGACGGCAGAGUGCAGAGAAAAGUUCAUGGGCUAGCUCAGAGGCUAAGAGAAUGAGAACAGUUGAGUGUACAAGUGGUUUGAGUCCAGUUGUCAUAAGUUCUGGGAAUCGAGUAGUGUCUAUUGAGAAUGAUGUAACAGAUUGUGAUGUUGAUGAGGUGAAUAAAGUCACAUUAAAAUUUAGUCCUUUGUGCACUGAAGUUGCAAAAACUUUAUGUAGUAAAUGUAAUGUUGAGUCUGAAAGACAGGAUGUACAAGUACAUACAGAAUAUGGAUCUUUAGGUGUUGUGUGUAAAACAAAUAAAAUUGUAGAGGAUGGUAAUAGCUUUUUUAGAGCAAUAUCUGACGUUAUCUGUGGUUCUCAAAAAAGUCAUCUAAAAGUUAGACGUACUGUUGUUAAGUACAUGGAAAGUCAUAGUGCAGAGCACAUGGAGUAUUUGGGGAAAGAAUAUGCUUCAGUAGCUGAGUAUAUUAACAACUCACAAAUGAGGUAUGCUGGCAGUAGAGCAACUGACAUUGAAAUUCAAGCAACAGCAAAUGCUUUUGGAGUGGACAUUUUUGCCUACAGUGGUGAAAGAUGGCUCACAUAUUGUAAUGUUAGUUCAAGGCUAACAAAUGAAGGAAUAUAUUUGAGGCACUGUGAGAUUAAUCAUUUUGAGCCAGUGGUUUGUGUUAAACAGGUUGAUAAACAGGUUUGCUUUAAUUUGUGUAAAAUGGGUAAUUCUUCUGAGGCAGAGUACAUGUAUAGAAGGAAUUCAACUGCACAGGCACAGGGUACCACAAAUAUUAAUAGUUGUAGUUCUAAGUAUUGCAACAAGAAAAAGAAAUUACAAAUGAAAAUGAAAUAUCAUGAAAAUGUGGUACAUAUGGAGAAAGUUAAGGCUAAGAGUAUAAGGAAAUAUCAGGAAAAUGUUGUGCAUAAAAAGAAAGUUAAGGCAAUGAGUAUAGGGAAAUAUAAAGAUAAUGUGUUGCAUAGGGAGAAAGUUAAGGCAAUGAGUAUAGGGAAAUAUCAACAAGAUGUGUUGCAUAGGGAGAAAGUUAAGGCAAUGAGUAUAGGGAAAUAUCAAGAAAAUGUGUUGCAUAGGGAAAAGGUUAAGGCAAUGAGUAUAGGGAAAUAUCAAGAAAAUGUGUUGCAUAGGCAGAAAGAUAGGGAAAUGCAUAAAAGGAAAUAUCAAGAAAAUGUGUUGCAUAGAGAAAAAGUGAAGGCAUUGAGAAAAAGGAGGUAUCAUGGAAAUUCUGAGCAUAAAAAGCACAUCAUGGCAGGAAACAAAUUAAGGAGGCAACAGAUGAAGGAAAAAGCACAGCACUUUGAUUUAGCUAUGGAGCAGUUUUUGGCAAAAGUGAAAGAUGGGCCACAUUUUGUUUGUUGUGUCUGCAAUAGAUUGUUGUUUAGACAUCAGGUUUUAACUUGUAAAAGAGAUUAUUAUAAGCAAAGUAAAGCUGUAGCUUUAAUUGCAAAUAAAUGUAUAACUGAAGACUAUGUACACAAAUGUAAUGAGGACUGUGUAAUGCCAUGUCAUUUGAUUGAUACAGGUAGAGGUCAGCUAUGGAUUUGUUACAUGUGUCAUUAUAAGAUUAAUAAAGGUGAAAUGCCACCUGAAUGUGCACUAAACAAUUUGGAAAUUGACCCCAUUCCAGCUGAGUUGAGUUGUUUGAACAGUUUAGAACAACAUUUAAUUGCGUUACACAUACCGUUUAUGAAAAUGUUAGCAUUACCAAAAGGAGGACAAAAUGGAGUACAUGGACCGGUGACAUGUGUUCCAGCAAUUAUUGUGCAAACUACUAAUUUGCUGCCCCGUUCAGAUAUGAAAGGAUCUUUGUUGCGUGUAAAAUUGAAGCGGAAGCUCACAUAUAAAGGAUAUUAUGAGUAUCAGUUUGUUGACAGCAUGCACAUAAAGCAGGCAUUGCAAUAUUUAAAACAGACAAAUAUGUAUUAUAAAGAUGUAAAAUUUAAUGAAGCAUGGAUAAAUGAGUUUUGUAGAGAAGAUUGUGAAAAGGAGAGUGAUUGUAAUGCAGAAGGUGGUGAAACAUCUGCAAAUGGUGGUGAAGAUGAGCUCCUACAUGAUAGACAGCAACAUUGUAUGUUUCAAGAUACGUGUCUCAUGCCUGUUGAUAUCGGUCAGGAAGCACUGGAUCAAUAUUUUGAUGAUAUAUUGAAUCUGGCACCAGCGGAAGGGAAUAGUCCUGUUAAAUUACUUUGUGAUCAUGCAAAUGAAGCCAAAUGUUUUCCGGUGUUGUUUCCGCAGGGACGUAAUACCUACCAUGAAAGAAGAGAGAAUCGUUUGACGUUGUCGCGUUAUUUUAAUAACAGAAUCCUACAUGCUGAUGGUAGAUUCGCACAAAAUGUAGAAUAUAUCUUUUUUGCUCAGUACAUGUCUGAGGUUGAACAAGUUGUGUCAAAUGUAUCGAUAGCAUUACGAAAAGGGAAAGGUGGUCUGUCUCAAAAUUUAACUGAAAAGGUAAGCAGUCUGUUAGACAAUGAUGAAUCUUUGAAGAAGUUGUUAGAGUUUGAUGAUGGGUAUUGUUUCCAUAAACCGAUUCGAGGUACCCCAGCUUUUUGGCAGGGAGCACAACGUGACCUGCUUGCUUGUGUUCGUCAGCUCGGUGUUCCUACUUGGUUUUGUUCCUUUUCUUCUGCUGAUAUGCGCUGGACAAAUCUUCUUGAUAGUAUUUUGAAACAGGAAGGUAGAACACAGACUGCUGCAGAUUUAGAGUGGGCAGACAGGUGUGAUCUUUUACGCCGCAAUCCUGUCACUGCGGCCAGGAUGUUUGAUUUCCGCUGGCAUUGUUUUUUGAGAGAGGUACUUAUGUCGCCAUCUCAUCCAAUUGGUAAAAUUAAGGAUUACUUUUAUCGAGUGGAAUUUCAGCAGCGCGGUUCACCUCAUGUGCAUUGCUUGUUUUGGAUUGAGAAUGCUCCGUUGAUUGAUAAAAACACAGAUGAAGAAGUAGUUGAAUUUAUUGAUAAAUAUGUAACAUGUGAGUUGCCAUCACAAGAUGAGACAUUAUUGGACAUUGUCACUUCUGUGCAGCAGCAUUCAAAACAACAUUCAAAAACUUGUAAAAAGAAAAACACGGUUUGUCGUUUCAAUUUUCCGAGGCCAGCAUCCGCUCGAACAUUUAUAUGUCGCAGUAAAAAUGAUGAAGAGUGCAAAAAAACAUGCAAUUGUCACAAAGAUGAGACAGAUAAAUCUUCAACAUGCGUUAAUCAUGGUCAGAAAACUUCAAAUGAAAUGAAAAAAGACUAUGCAGCAGAGAUUAUGACAAAAAUCAAGAAUGCUCUUUCCAAUGAGAGGAAUAGUUAUGAUAGUGUGGUACAUUUAUUCCAAAGUGUAGGGAUUGAUCAAGUCACUUUUGAGGCUGCAUAUAAGUGUUUAGCUAGAAAUACACAUAUUGUGUUAAAGAGGCAAGUUAAUGAAGUCUGGAUAAAUCAGUAUAGCAAACCACUAUUAAAAUGUUGGCAGGCAAAUUUAGACUUGCAAUUUGUUGUUGAUGCAUAUGCGUGCGUUGUUUAUAUUAUCUCUUAUAUGUCUAAGGCAGAAAGAGAGAUGGGAUUGUUGUUAGGGAACGCACAGAAAGAAGCAUCUAAGGACGGAAAUGUUAGUGCAAAAGAGGCAUUGAAAAAUCUAGGCAGUGUUUAUUUACAUAACAGAGAUGUGUGUGCUCAAGAAGCUGUGUACAGGUUGACAAAUAUGCAUUUAAAGGAAUGUUCGAGGAAAGUUGUAUUUGUACCGACAGGGGACAAUAUAGUUAGAAUGAGUUUGCCUUUGAGUGUGUUGAAACAAAAGGCAAGAUUGCGCGCUUGUACCUCAGAAGACAUUUGGAUGACUAGUUUUGUUGAUCGUUAUAAGAAGAGGCCAAAUGAUAGUGUAUUCAAUGAUAUGUGUAUGGCAACAUUUGCAUCGGAAUAUCGUGUUUUGAGUAAAAAUCAAAAAUCUCAGGCCUGCAUUAAAUUAAAGAAUGAUUGUGGUUUUAUCACAAAAAGAACACGAACAGAACCUGCAGUUGUUCGUUACGUGCGCUUUUCUGAGACAAAAAAUCCAGAAUUGUUUUACCAAAGUAUAAUGCAGUUGUUCUUGCCGUAUCGUGCAGAUGUGCAGCUAAAACCUCCAAAUUGUGAGACAUUUGCACAGUUUUACAAAAAUGGUCAUGUGAGGUUAAGUGAUGGGUCAAGACAUUCUGUUAAGUCAGUUGUUGAUUUGAAUAGAAGUCAUUUUGAAAUUAAAGCAGAUGAAUUGGAUGAAAUCCAGAAUACAAUUGAUAGAGAUGGUGUAUUAGAGGAUGCGUGGUGUGAGUUGUGCCCAGAGAAAGAGUUGGAGCGUUUACAGUGUGACCAAGAACAAAAAGACAAACAACAGAUAGUGGAAGAACAUGAGGAAAAUAUUCCAGAUUUAGCAGUAACUAGACAACAUGUUGCACAUUUGGAAAAAAGGAAAAACAUCAUGUGUAGAAGUGAUGGUUUGUCUUUAAUUAGAUCUUUGAAUGAGACACAGCUGGCUGUUUUUUAUCAAAUUCGACAAUGGUGUUUAGAGAAAGUAUUAGGGAAAAAUCCAGAUCCGUUCCAUGUAUUUAUCACAGGUGGUGCAGGGACAGGAAAAAGUCAUUUAAUAAAAGCGAUUCAAUAUGAGGCAAUGAGGCUAUUGUCAACGGUGUGUCGUCAUCCAGACAAUAUUUGUGUGUUAUUAACGGCUCCUACAGGGAUUGCUGCAUAUAAUUUGCAUGCAUCAACUAUUCACCACACGUUUAGUAUUGGAAAAGAUGUUUGUUUACCCUACACACCUUUGGGUGAGGAUAAAGUCAAUUCUUUGCGUGCUAAAUAUAGUGAUCUUCAGAUUUUGAUAGUUGACGAAAUAUCAAUGGUUGAUCAUAGGUUGUUGUCUUACAUUCAUGGUAGGUUAAGACAGAUUAAGCAAACCGGUGAUUUCUCACCAUUUGGAAAUGUGAGUAUAGUUGCUGUUGGAGAUUUUUUCCAGUUGCCUCCAGUAAAAGGGAAACCCCUAUAUGUAGAUGAUGUAGGUGUCAGCUUGUGGUCUAAUCUGUUUAAGGUUGUUGAAUUAAAACAAAUAGUUAGGCAAAAAGAUAAUGUGUUUGCAGAGUUGUUGAACAGGGUGAGAACUCGAUCAAAAGGAACCCCGAUGUUAAACAGUGACAUAAAAAUAUUGAAACAUUGUGAAACUGGUGAAGUCAGCUCAGCUUUACACAUAUUUCCUACAAAUAAACAAGUAAAUGAGCAUAAUUUGGCACAGUUAUUUAACAUAUGUCCUGAAUAUGUCCAGAUAGAUGCUCAGGAUUUUGUGAAUAAUAAGAAAACAGGCAAACUAGAAUUGAAAACUGGACAUCAUGCCAAAACAUAUAACACGUGUUUGUCUGAACAGCUGUUGUUGGGUGAAAAUGCGCGCGUAAUGUUGUGUAAAAACGUGGAUGUUACAGAUGGUCUUGUUAAUGGGGUUUGUGGUACUGUAACACAUAUAGAUAGUUCAGAUAAUAGUAAGUUUCCUCUUAAAGUCUAUGUUAAGUUUGAUGAUGAGCAUGUUGGUGCGCAGAGGAGGAAACAAUCGACAAGUAGCUUAGUUUUCUUGGGCUCUACCGGUAUUGAGCCAGAGGAAGAAAAAGUAACUAACAAAGGUGGUUUGCGACGACAGUUUCCGCUUAAACUUGCUUGGGCUUGUACAGUACAUAAAGUACAAGGUAUUACUGUAGAUAAUGCUGUUGUGUCUCUUAAGAAAGUAUUUUCUGCAGGCCAGGCAUAUGUAGCCUUAAGUCGUGUUAGAAGUUUGUCAGGUUUGGUGAUUCAAGAUUUUGAAGAUAAAGCCAUAUAUUGUAAGGAUGGCGUUCAGGAUACAAUUCAGAGUAUGCCUCAAUUCUUGAUCAAAAAUAUAACUAGGCACAAAUUUAGUACAAGUACUUUUACUGUAUUUUUGAUGAAUGUGCAAAAUUUGACUCGCCAUGUAUCUGAUUUGGCAUUAUGUACACAGCAUUUGCAGCUUAACUGUAUUGCUGUUACAGAAACAUGGCUACCUGCUGCUUCCUCAUUUGAAACUGUAAAGAUUGACGGUUUUACUUUUCAUGGUUGUCCACGAAGUUUAUCUUACAGUAGCAACAACCCAGAACUGAUUGAAUUACAAGGACAACAGCAUGGUGGAGUUGGCUUUUAUAGUGCAGACAAUUUAGAAUAUAAUAUUAUCAAAGUAACAAAUGUGAAUUUGGAAUGUUUGAUUUAUAACUAUGUUACAUGUAACAUAUUAAUAGCUGUCAUUUAUCGACCACCAUCUUAUCCCAUGUCUUUGUUUAAAGAACAUCUAGGCAAAUUACUUGAUUGGCUAGAUCCAAAAGGUAACACAAUUGCAAUCAUGGGAGAUUUUAAUGAGGACAUCUUGAAAUCAUCAACAAUCUGCAAAUUUCUAACAGACAAAGGGUACAUUCAAUAUGUUACACAGCCCACAACAGAGAAGGGCACAUUAAUUGACCACGUGUAUGUGAAAACAACACAUUAUGAAAUAGAAUCAGUAGUGUUGCCGACAUAUUUUAGUGAUCAUGAGGCGGUUGUUUGUUCUUUUAAAUGUACAACUUCUGAAAUGACAUAGACUAUAAUACUUCACAACUGUUGAUGUAUGUUAAUAAGCUUUAUUUGGCAAUUGUUAACUGUAUGAGUUGUAUGUUAUUUAAGCUUAUUUAAUGCCAAGCAUGAAAUAUGAAAUGAAACAGGUAUUUUUUUUAAGCAUGUUGUGUAUUAGGUGUUGCAUUUUUUGUGCAUUUAUGGUUAAUGUAUGUUCAAUAUAAUAUUUUGUACAAAAAAUGAAAAGGGUUUCUUUUUCCUGCAUUACAACAGCAUUUAUAAGUCUAACAUGUAUUAAUAAUAUUUGACAAUGCACAAAUGACAUUUGGUGAACAACUACAAUAUAAUUGUCAUUUUGACAUAAUAUGAAAUGCUGCCAUAUGCUGUGGGUAAUGCAGGUUUUGCUUUUCCUUCUAUGUAGUGUCAAAAAGCAAAAGGCACCGGUAAUGGCUACUCCUGGUUUAUACUGGGAUGGGGUUCGAUUCCCUGCAGUGUCCUGCUGAUCAAUUUGACAUUUACAUGAAAGCCCAUGUUAACUGUCUUUAACAACUGUCUCUAACUUCCAUAAAACUUAAACACAACUUGUGGCUAAUUGUUACAAUACAACAUCUGUACACAUUCUUAAACCAUCAAUGCAUGUUACAUCUUCUCAUCGCUCUUGUCAUGUCACUUUCUACAGGUAUUUCUGCCUUCAGAGCUGUAGAAUCUGGAUCUGUGAUGGCAAGCCACCUACUGCCCUGAUAUUCCUGCUCAUAUACUGCUACAAUUAAUGGAAUAUGCACACCUGCAUUUUGCCAUAUUCUUUCUCUUGAAUUGUUGGGUUUUUGUAAAUAAUAUGGUCCACAAAUGCUCACUUGUAAAGUGCCUUGACAUAUGGUGAAACAUAAAUAAAACUGAUUUAACUAGAAAGUCUGA